AAUUCCGUGAGAAGAAUUUUUGUUAUUCAUUCCUCAAAACUAAAAUUUAAUUCCCGGAAAUUGUGACACAAUGAAGGAGUUAAAAUCAAAAAAGAAGAAAGGUAAAAUGAAGAACGAUGAUGAAGUUGACAACAUGGUUGGUUUACGUGGAACACAAAGUGAAAACAAUGUAAUCGAACAAAACUUUCCAGACAUGGACACGGUCGAUUUCCCCGAAAAAUCGGAACAGAAUGGGGAGGGUAAUCGAAUGGCGUUCAGAAAUAUGGUGGGGCUCCGAGAUGAACACGUCACGCUUAUCGUUGAUGAGAACACUUCUACGACAAAUGAUAAAAAUUACAACCAACCCUAUCCAUUUACCAUUUUGGACUUUCUUGGAAUAGCUCUUUCAAUAGUACUGUUUGUAUUUGAUGUUGUCACGGAUAUUCUUCUUGCCUUGGAGUACAACAAUCACGGUAGAAUUGUAGAGUGUGUACUUACGUCAUCAGUUGUGAUUGCGUCAUUUCUGGUGACGGGGUCCUUAAGCACAAUUUGGUACCUACAAGAUGUAAGAGGACCCUUUGGAAAAGUGGGGAAGUUUUUGUUUCUUGUUGUGGCCUUCCCAUUUUCUACCAUUAUCAGAAACUUCUCUUACUUAAAACAUGGAUGCUUAAGUCGCAGAUCUAGAGAUAAAAAGAUAAAAACUAUACAUUACAAUGAAAUGAAACAGACUGACCUGGAUGCCAGUUUUCUACGGAUGUUCGAUGCCUUCUUUGAAUCCGCACCUCAGCUGAUUAUUCAGGUUUACAUUGCUAUCCAUGACACUCCCCAACAAGCAAUACACUUAGAACUUCUGCGAGCUGUUACCAUAGCGUCCUCUUUAGCAGGUCUGGCAUGGUCGGUGACAGGAUACUACAGAGCGCUGCGCAUCUUUAACGCAACUUCCGGUUUAAAGGCAAACACAAUCUGCGGAGCUAUGGGAUACUUCCUUUGGCGAGUAUUCGAGAUCGGACCAAGAAUCACAGCAUUUGUAAUGUUGAUUUCAGUCGAAGGAAACGGUCCUUACUACAUAGUUUUCGGGGUUCUUUUCCAUUGGAUGAUCAUGAUAACUGUUGCAUUUUUCAAAAAUGUAAAAGCAUAUGAAUCAACACUACAUAACAUUUUAUUCAUUGUGUUCAUUGGAUUUGUGCAAAUCAUAUCCUUCAUGAAUUUGAGCCGAGGAAAAUCUCGAGCUAUUAUCAUCGCGUAUUACUCUUUGUUCCAUGUAGAAAACGCCGUGAUGGUGGCGCUUUUUGUAUUUUGGGGUGACGUGUACAAAUCCAGCUGGGUAUAUAUAGCCAUUAUAUCAGUAGCCUCAUCCGGGAUUGUUCUGUGUACUCUCUUCAUGCUGAUGUAUUAUGCACUGUGUCACCCUAAAGUGUCACUGAAAUGUACACGAAAAAACAACGAUGACAAGCUGUGA